UGUGAUGGAAAGGAAUGAUGUCAUUAUCGAUUUUCGAAACUUAUAAUAUUCACGAAAUAAACUUGCAUGCCGCAUUGUCACUCAUGAGUGAGUGACAAGUAUGAGUGACGUUUUUAACUUUUAGAGUACAGAGUUUUAACGAAAACUCAAUUAAGACCCAAACCAAAUAAAACCUUACGAUUCUCACAUUAUUGUCGCAGUAUCCAGCUAACACCCAUCGCAGCUGGCAGAAUAAUCAAAGAAACAAAAGAGAGACCCGGAGUUAAUUUUUUUCUGAAGUUAACAAGUGACAAGCUUCAAGAAAACAUCAAGCAAUCAAUCUAUUUCCGAGAUUUAAUAAAUACAUUUUUUCUUGCAAAAUAGUGAACUCCAGAAAGAAGAAUAAUGUCCACACCACCGUCUCGCCACUGUGCCUACUGCCUCGUCCUCAUGCUCCCUGAAAACGUCAAAGUUUGUGGUAAAUGUCGCCGCCGAGCUUAUUGCAGUGUCGAAUGUCAAACAUCCGACUGGUCCGUGAAAGGAGACGGACAACGACACCGAAAAUGGUGUGACCUCAACUGCGGCGAAGAAGAUUUGGACUGGAAGGUCGUCCCCGUGCCAGGAAAGGGGCUUGGCGUCAUUGCUCUACGCCAGAUUCCAGCCCAUUCAAGAAUCAUGGUGGACGGCUGGCGACCCAAUAAUCCUCUCGGAGCCAAACUUAUCAACGACAUGGAACCUGCCGGCGGAACUUUUCUGGACAAGGUUAACGUGAAUGGUUUCCGUGCCGAGAACCCUAGCCACGUUAUUUGCGCUCGUCUGGCCAGGGUUAAUCAUAACUGCGCAGCUAAUGCCUUUCAUCUCAUGGGAGCUGAGUCCAGGGUCAAAAUAUUGUUUUCACUAAAGGAUAUUGAAAAAGGAGAGGAAAUUUGUAUUGCUUACUCCUGGUUGGAUGACGAACGUUUUUCCAAGGACCCCGUUCCCACGGAUGGAAUUCGACGUGCAUUGGAGAAGGAUUAUGGAAUAGUUUGCCCACUGGACUGCAUCUGCAGAGAUAAGGAAAUCCAAACUCUGGCAAAAGAACGGAAUCAACUGUUCGAGAGGGUGAACGACUGGGCAGCUUCUGACAUUGAGGGAUCUCCUUCCGUUCUCAGCUCGGUGAUAUCUGCAGUCAAGCGGCUGCUGGAAAUUUCUGAAACUGUUCCUAUUUUGAGCAUGAGAAUUGUGGAUUGUUUACUAAAUGGAUAUUAUGCAGCAAAAAUGAAGGGUGACAACCGGACCGCUCGACAAUUCUUGAAGCGCUGUAAAACACUCACGGAACUCAUGUAUCAUCCGGAAUCAGAGAAGAAUACGAGACUCGUGGACUUAGAUUGAGGGGUGGAGAUUGGAGAUUCCAUAAAUUUGUGUCAUAGUUUAACUAUUGUUUUUUUCUCGUAAAUUUACUUCAUUUACACUAUGCAAAAUAUUUUUUACUAACCUUAAAUGCUACCCUCGUUCACAAUUUUUACAUGCACAAUCAAAUUUAUUCAGAAAGCAAGGAAUAAAAUAUUUAUUAUUAAGA